AUGGCUUGGAGCCUUGGAACACUUAGAGUAACCAGCCAUCCAUACUUCAGGCUAUUGAUACCUUUCUUGACUGUUUUACUUCAGUGCUAUGGUGUAUGGGCAUUCUGCCACCAAUUUUGUUAUCUGCAACUAUAUCAAAGACGAAAUGCUAAGGGCGCAUGCAUCGGGCUUAUCAUUGUGGUUCUGUCAUUAACGUUUCUCAUUUGGUACAUAUGGGCAUUGAUGCUAGUUCUUGGUCCAGGAAGACAGCCGACUAUACCUCCUUUUAAAAUAAUACCUGAUUCUGAAAUUAGGACUGUAUCCAGUGAAUCAGCCGUUCCUGACAAUAGUAUUGCUCCUCCUGAUAUAUAUCCCUGUGAUGAACGAGGGUACCCAAUAUGGUGUUCCAAUUGCCAGAGUUUGAAAAUGUCACGGACUCAUCACUCUACUAAAGUCGGAUAUUGUGUUCCAAGAUUUGACCAUUACUGUGUUUGGAUUGGUACUGUCCUUGGUAGACUCAAUUAUAAACUAUUCGUACAGUUCACAUUUUACCUUGACCUCGUUGUUCUAAUACUAAUGAUCUCAAUUGCAACUCAGAUGAGGCAGAUGAAGGGGUCUGCAAAUGGAAAUGUGUAUGCUGUAUUUGCAUUGGCAUGCUGUGCCCUAUUAAUGGCAGGUCCACUUUUCUUAACACACAUUUAUUAUAUGUGUUAUAAUAGGACCUCAAUUGAAAUUAUUGAAGUCAAUAACAAGGCUAAGGCUUCAAGAAAAUUUUUCUGCAUUUAUAACCCUUGUGAUGGCUACAGGUAUGUGAUCCAGUUCUGCCCGGGAGAAAACCAAGAUUUCUGGAAUAAGGGCAAUAUUUUAACUAACUUAAAAGAGUUUUUAGGCCCCAAUUAUCUUUCCUGGUUUAUACCUUCCAUUUUAACACACAAACAAAGUUAUGGUAAAUCUUCAGCUAAUUACUAUGAUCUAAUUGGAGACUGUAACGAAGUGAUGAGCGAGAAAUUUCAGAAGUAUAUGAUCGAUAAGAUAGAACGAAAAGAGUAUGUAACAAGAUUGGUAGUAUAG